UGGGAGGCGACCGUAGCCAUCUCCAUCUCCGAUGCGCCUAGCCAAGCCGUCGCUGAUCGUCGAACGUGCAUGUUGUGUUAUUUACUCGCGGACGCGGCGUCCGACGGGUAACGGAACUCUAAUUGCGCGCGCUCGCGUUCCCGCUCCGCGCUUGCGGUCUUGGUGCUGUGCUUGUGCCUGUGCGCGUGUGUAGUGCCCCGCUUGAGAGCCCCGAGCCGGCUCUCUGUGCCAUGCAGGAUUUUCCCGGCGAGCCCUUUUGGAUUAUUUUCAGGAUUGCCAUAGGCAGAUAAUGCUGGAUAAUGGGGAAUUCGGGGAGUUCUCAGCUGCACUCGGAGGUCGGGCACCAGGCCUGGGCCUCGUUUCCGCGGGCAGGGCCCCUGGGCGCGUCGCAGUCGCAGGGCUUGGGAGGCCCGGGCCCGUCCCUGGGGCCCCACUUCAAAGUGCUCCCGGAGCGCGUGCCUGGGCAGCGACUUCGCGUCACCGAUAACGGGGCCAUCCUCCGCAAUUGCGGCACCAUCAGCGGUCGCAGACACUACCAGCUCCAACUUCCGGUGCGAUGCCGAAGCUCGAGCCAAGGGCGGUAUGAACCGGAUCCCAACGCCCGGGUCGUCUACGGAAGUGAACCGGAUUUGCGGUUUCCCAACCGGGAAUAUCCCUCCUACACUAACGAAAGUCCUGCCAAACUCAGGAUUUCUCGGUCUAGGAAGAAGUAUAAAGCACCACCGGCACCUCAAACCAAUGGACAGUUGGAUAGCUCUUCUCCCGACUCGUACCAACAUUGGGAAAAUAGUGGAAAUAGUUCUGAGGUAACGGCUCCAGUUCGGAGGCUACGCCUGUUCAAGACAAGAGCUGAAACCAGCAAGAAAGUUCGCGGAGGCCCGGAAGGAGAGAGCACUCAUAGUCAAGAUGCCUCCCUGCGACAGUCUUCUGCUCAUAAUCACAGACCUCCACACAUCGGCCAAUUGCAGAGAAGUCUGUCGUCACCUCAGUUCCAGGUGCAACACAAGGCUGAAUUAAUGAAAGCAACCGAAAGAAUUAGGAUGCAAAAAGGUGUUCGUGAGCCACCAGUCGGAAGAGCAGCUGAAUCGCCAUCGUCCUCUCCCAUUUUACGUUCACGUGAAAAUAUUGUAACUCAGCGACCAUUAUCAAGGAAUAGUGUUGAUUCCAAUAAAAAACCUGUAAGCAAACAAUCAGAAAAAGAAAUGAGGCCCAGAACAAAAAUUGAGGACAAGAAAGCAUUAGAGAACAAACAACCUCCCUCGAAAGAACGACUGGUGAAAAAGGAAUCAACUAAAACAAGACCAACAGAGCCAAGGGUACGCGGAGAGGGGUCCACCGGUCGUGAAUCCACUCCAGAGAUCAUACCAAGGAACAAGCAUAAUGCAGAUGGAAAAUCAUGGGACAUAAUACCUACAACAAAACCAAUGGCACCAGUGAAAACUUUCUAUUUUGGUAUGGACGGAACUGGAGUUCCACCCACUGACUACUUGCGAGAGAGUGAGGCUGUAGAAAAAUUUGCUGCAAGUUUGCAAACAUCUUUACCCGCAAACUUAAGCAAUGAAACAUCAAACUCUGAAAGCAUCAGCAGUGAACAUGCAGGAGAUGAGAGUGGUGGUGAAAACAAUGGAAUCUCCUUGCAACUUCGACCAACUUUACCUAGGAAGCAGUUAGACAUACCAAGAUUUAGUCCAACAGCUGCCUGGAGAUUGUUGUCAGCCCUGGAGUCACCAGUGCAAAGUGAGGAAGAUGACCUCGUAAUGUUGGAGGAGCGAAUCCCUUUGCCGGCCCCACUGCACCAUCAUGAAAAAUCGGGAGACAGUGGUAUAAGUGGUGAUGCCAGUCCUCAUUCCACUCAUAACUCUCAGGCUGCAUGGACACCUCAACAGGAUUUGGAAGAAACCAGUUCCGAUGGAGGUCUUGAAUCAGCUCCAGUCUCGCCAGAGAGCCUGGGAACAGCCAAAUUCUCUCCUCGGUUUUCCUUGUCAUUACCAAGAGAUGAUAGACUAUCAUUGUAUGUCAAACCAGACAAGAUGGGAUACAGUGAUAGCCAUCAGCCCUCAAGUCUUCAUAGUCUGAAAAAACUCCGACGGUCCGUCAGUGGAGCAUUUGGAAGAAGUGUAAAUAGCAACAAUCUGUCUCAUGAUAGUAAUUUGAAUGAGAAUUGGGUUUUGAGUAGAAGUGUGCCAAGUUCAUUGAAUCAUCGAUGGAGUGAUUCUUCUCCAGAAAAUGAGGAUGAUCUACUUUUAAGUUCUCUUACGAAGCAGCCAUCAUUUUCAUAUUUAGCAACUGGAGGCCAUGUUAUGUAUCUUCCUGGACAAUUACCAGAAAUUAAUCCAAUAAGUGUUUCGACGAUUAAGAAUUCUGAACCGAGCUCCUUACAACAUAAUGAGCCUCAGUCAAUGUCAAAAUCCUGCGAUGCAUUGAACAGUAAGGAAAGUGCUCCCUGCAAUCCUCCUAGGUUCAGAACUGGUCGUAAAUUCACUUUCCAAAGUACCGUGCGUCAAAUUGAGAGGCGACGCAUAGCUGAGAAACUAUCAAAGGAGGCAGAGCAAAAAGAGCGACAAAGACUGAGUGAAUUGGAGGCCAUGAGAAGAGUAGAGGAAGAAUUCCAAAGAAAACGAGAGAGAGAGAAAGCUGACAUCAGGCAUCAGUUACGGCUCUACAGCCUUACUCAAGGAGGAAGAGAGGCCAAAGAAGCUACCGGUGUCAAUUUACCACCACCACCAUCCACACAAAUUCUCUCGGAAUUUCGUGAGCCCAGGAGAGAUUAUAGAGACUACAGACCAUCCAGGAGUGAUGCUGAGUCUGCGCACUCUGAUUCAGGAGUCAAAAAGGCCACCGUUCAUCCUCAAGUUGUUUACCAAAUGCCAAAAACAACUCAGGUGUAUGUCACACCACGCCUUCAUGCCAAUCACUCAGGUGAUGUUGAAAUGCCCUCUCCUAAAUCGUCAUCAUCGGAUAACUAUCGGCGAAACUUUGCCCAAGGUGCUCUACCUCACUCUCUGGCCAGUUCAGAUUCUGAAAUUUCCCAACCCAAUACCCGACCAACUUCCCGGAAUCUGGUCUAUCGCAGCAGAUCAGUGAGUCCUCAAGCUGAUGAAAUGAAUAACUGUAUCAGUCCUAUAUUGAACAAUGGGAUCAUACCAGAAGAAGACGAAAAAAAAGUGCAGCCUAGCAAUGAAGGGAGACCACAGCCAUUACCCCGUCUUGGUGUAACAUCUUUGCAGCCAUUUGUUCGAGGCAAAUCUUAUCGUCCGAUUGUCUUUAAUCCGUCAAAUAGUAAUGUUGCUCAAAUCGCUAGUUAAAAUGUGUGUGUAAUUUUCAAAGCAUGUGCAGUGUCUUCCUCCAUAUUAGAGAAUAUUUUUUUUCACUCUAAAGCUUUGAAUUGAAUUCUAUCUAAGUCAACAGACCCCUCAGAAAUGCUGAAUGUCAAUCAAUACGUAGUUAUUCAAGGCAUUAGAUAUGAAGAGACCUCAAUAAUCUGUCACUUCCGACUUCUUUGUCCAGGCAGUUAAUAACUGUAGGGUCCAAGCAAUCAUUUUCUUCCUUCCUUUUUAGUUACAAAUCAUUUGUGCUGAAAUGAAUAAUAAUAUUUUUUUUAAAACACAUUUUCAAUUUGGAUUCAAUUAGAUAUCCAAGUCAAUCGCACAUUAACAACCAGAAUUUACUUUUGAUCAAAUAUCAUAGAUCUUCUUCCUGAUUUUGAUGAUCCAGUCCAAGAUAUACAGUCAACUUCCCAUGAUUUGUAAAUGACAGAAUCAACUAGAUUUGCAGGAUUGUGGAACGCUUUCAUUGGGUAGUUUUGAAACGUAUACUCUUCCCUGGGGUUUCUUUGAUGGAAUAAGUAAAAAUUUUAUUACUUAGUUUUAACCUUAUAUCAGUAUUUAUUUUUUUGCUUGAAUUCAUUUUGUGUUAGUGUGGCUCACUGACUUCAUUUGUACUUUCACAAUUUCAUGAUUUUAAAUGAAAUGAUUACGUAUCAAAUGAGCAAUAUUUGGAGUUGGAGAUUAUGGAAAAUGGAGUUGAAAGAAUCAAAUUUUAUUCAUUCAAUUAGUUUUCCACAUACUUCAAUUUUUUAUUUUCACCAUUGUUGAAUUAGCUUGUACGCUUCAAUGUAAUGAGCUAAUUAUGGGAAAUUCCCAAAAUGUAACGGAAACCUACUCGCUCUUCCACUCAGUUUAUUUAGUUGUCUAUCAUUAAAGUAGGUAUCAUUUAGUAUCUUUUGUGCCUUUCACUUUUCUUUCAGAGAAAUUAAGAAUUACAAUAAUUCUAGUCAUUACUUUCCUUUAUCAUCUUCAGUUUUAAUGUUAAGUCCUCCUUCUCACUUAUUGACCCUCUUCUUACCAUAAAGUAAUUUGUUAAACAAUUGUUACUUAUCAGUGCAUAGUUACUGUCCAAAAAGCUAACUUUCGACAAAAAAAAUUCAACCUUAUUUGUAUCCUUCAUUCCACAAAAAGUAAUAAUUGACUCCUCUAUUUAUAAAAAUGACAAGUCUUAACCAACAUUGAAUUUGUUUUUAUAAACCAUUUCAUUACCUUCAACCAACUACCCACAACUUUUUCAGACAGAGUGUAUUUGUUUGCGCAACAACCAUUCUCCACUGUGAGGUGCGCAUUCAGAAUGUAGCUCAGUAAUGAUAAGGUUAAUAACUUUAAUUUUAUAAAUUGCUGAACAUUUCCUAGUUUUAAUUUUAAUUUCAUUCAUUCAUUUUAUUUUGAUUUACAAUUCCAAGCCCAUUGAAAAAAUUUUGAAUCUGUUUCCUCUUUCAUUCUUGGAACUUUCAAAUUUCGUUAUCUGUGAGAAUGAAUUUGUAAUAUUUUUUUAAUUUUUUUUUUUUUAAUUCUGCUUUUUAAGGUACCUUUGCUCAUCCUCGGAAGUUAGCUCUUUGCCGUUCCUUCAUUGUUAUCUGUUAAAUAUACAGUCUUGAGUUGUUGCUCUGUAAUUUUUGUUGAGCUUUUAAAAACUGUCUUCCCUUAAAAAUUAUCCUCUUUUGUAGAGCAAUUUUUUGUGGACCCAGAUGUUUGCUUAAGGCAGAAUUUUAGUCUAUUAGAACUCUCUUAUAGGGCGCAUUUUUUGUUAGUGCUCUUUAAGAUUUUCUCUCCUCCCUUACAAACCUGUUUGUUGUCCCAUACAACCAAUAUCACUUUCUGUUGAUCCCUUCUUCCUACUUAUUAAACUCAGGUAUCGGGUACUAUUUACAUGUUGUUACUAAAUAUUUUCUAUUUUGAAAGUUUAUUCAAGUGUUUGUAAAUCUUCAGUUUUAUAUUUAUGUAAAUAGGACAGGUACAUAUUGCAAAUAAUUUGUACAUACGUUCCAAAUUGUUUCAAUUGGUAUAUUUUACUGAUGAAAGUAAAACAUUCAUAAGAAUCAAUACAUUUCUUCUUUAGUCUUUCUUUUUUCUCUGAUUGAUUUUUAAAAUGAUUGAAAUGUUUCUCUCAAUGGUAUGCUGCAUUUGUCUUUGCAGCAUGGAAGCUUAAAGUAUAUUUUCAAAAGACAAAUUUUCUAGAUUAUAUUUAUGAUAGUGAUGGUUUUCACUUCUAUGAGAGGUCAAUGAAAUUUAUUUUUGAAGCUCAAUAUGUAUGCAGGCACAAUUUUUCUCUAUUAUGACUGUAUCCAAUUUCUAAAUUUUAGCUGCCUGAUCAUUUUAAAAAAAAAAAGUCCAGGAAAGUCCACCGGACUCCUUUCUGCCUGUGCGGGGGGCUAUGAAAUAUCCUCCAUCCUCUGGUAAAGUGGCUGUUUUUACAGCUUGCCCUUUCAUCAAACCUACCGCAUACCAAAACCAAAAACUUUUGCUCUAAAUAAUUCAUAGAUAAGUACAUUAAUAUCAGUAUUAACACUUCUAAAAUGUCUAAAUUAUGCCUCCAAAGACUAAUCCACAAAGUAUCUUUUGUAUCUCAGAAAUAUUCAUGGUGUCUGACAGUCUCCAUGUAAAUUAUUGAAAUAUUAUUUUAUCAAAUGAAUAUGUAAUCCUCUCUCUCCAAAAUAGUCUCUUAGCUUUCUAAAGCCAUUUUUUUCUGUUAUUAGUGUGUGCUAUCAAAGAGUGCUGUGAAUCUUAAAGCUACGGUUGCAGCUAUACUGAAAAGAAGGGAGGAGCCUUUUUCUCAUAACUCUUGUUCAUUUGUAAUCGCUUUUAAGGUACUGGGAAGAUGCUCAAUCUGCCCAUCUUUUCAGAGUGGCCGUUUUUAUCCUGGCAUGUUCAGUAGUACUUUUGAGAAUAUCAACGGAGAUAAUAUUGCAAGAGAAGUGGAGGUAUCCAAUAGAUUAGCAUUUCAUAUUACUUGACAGUGUGAUCCAAAAUGGGCUUUGUAAUCGCUUCUUUUUUUUUUGUUAUAAUGAUUGCUAAUGUCAGUGCAUGUCUCAGUUUUCCCCCCCUUUUGUUUUUCUUUCUUUUUGAAAGUGAAAUUGUGGAAUACGUGUAAACUGAAGGAGAGAAGAGAGCACAUUAAUUCGAGAAAAACUGUAAAAGUUUCAAUGUGUUAUUGGCCUUCGUACAAAAACUGUUCUUGGAUUUUUUUAUUUUUUUUUUUUUUUGAGAAUUUCCAUCUACGGCUUAUGCAGCUCUUGUGCCGAAAGAUUAGUUCUUAACAUAUAUCAACCAAUUUUCAUGUUACACUUUUCUUAAGUAUCAACCAAA